CUUAAUGCUUCAAAAUAAAGAGGUGAAUAACAAUAAGAAACAAGCAAUACAAAAUUGUAAACCAACCUAAUUUACAUUUUGAAACUUAAUAUACUACGUGGUUUACUUUGAAACUCCAAAUCUAUAACAACAUGGAAACUUUUGUAAUCUGAAAAUCUUCAGCAAGUGUGAUUUUGAUCAAAUGCUUUCGAACCUUUCAUAGACGGUAGAAUAGACGAGCUUACAAAAUGUCUUCAGAAACUGUGGUUUCAGAAAGAAUUGCAAAAAGUGAAUGAAUUAUGAAUUAUGGUACUAAAAUGAUUGAAAUUUUAAAAGGAUUACAUCAUAACAAAAAAAUUGACAAAGUAUGACACAGAAAAAAGUUUGCUGAUAAAACAUGACACAAAACAAUAUUCGCCGAUAAGAAAUUAGCAAAUUCUCUAUGUAGAAGUUACAGUUUGUAACUUGUAAUCUAUGCCAUCUGCUUUUUCUGAUGAAAUGGACAUUGGAAACGCGGCUUGCACGAUAAAACAAGCGAUAAUGUAGAUGUAUUAAGCAAACACUCAAGUGCAGACAUCCUUUUAACCUUGCAAAGCUUGAAUUUCAUUAUCCAACCCCCUUCGUUAACUGAACAUCUGUAAACGAACAGAGUUUUUGGCCUACAGGUGACGGUGAAAUGCUGCCUAGCAACGAAAUCCUAUUGUUUACAAUCUGCUUCUGUUAAAAGAGCUCAUUCAUUCUAAAACUGGAUCUACUACAGAUACGUAUAGUCAUAGCUGAAGGAAUCAUCUAGAUACAAGACACUGCGUUACAAACAUAGAAGUUAUCACUUUCAAUGAGGAAAGGAAAACUCUACAUAUUUGGCGAUGUGCAUUCGCGCGCAAGAAACGGCAUGGCAGGUCUUCGCAUGUCGCACUGUUUCAAACAGAUUUUAACAAGAAAUUGAAUUUUGCCAUCUGACUACCAAGCUGUUAAUAGUUCAGUGAGGAGCAACUCAACAAGGUGCAUCUAAAACUGGUAGCAAAGAAGAUAAUUUUUGAAAGAAUACCUUGAUAAAGAUUGAAACGUAUUCAAAAAGAAAACUUGAAAAAACUCGGCUGAAACAACGUUUGAAACAGCAUAGAAAGUGAUGUAUUCAUGAAGACUGUUGAAAAGAUAGCUUGAAAGAUCAACCAGAGUGGAUUUAUGAAUUGCUGGGUUAAAGAAAACCUGUAUUUAAAUGUAAAGAUUAAGGACCAAGUUAUCCACUUAACUGCAAAAUGGAAAGUACACCGAUACUCAGCUGCAAAAUGAAUGGAAUCAACAGCGAACCGAAAAUUGAAAAUGAGGUUGCAUCCUCACAAAUUACGGACGAGCAGAUUAUCAAGAUAAACGUUAGUGGUUUUGUAUACGAAACUCUGGAAGCAACAAUUACUAAAUUCCCGAACACGUUGCUUGGAAACGAAAAGCUGCGCAAACGAUACUUCGUCGAAUCACGUGGGACCUACUUCUUUGACCGCAGCCGGACGGCGUUCGAGGCAAUUCUGGCAUAUUAUCAAACCGGGGGAGUUCUUAUCCGGCCGCCAACUAUUCCGAUGAAACUCUUUGCAAAAGAAGUCUUGUUCUACCAGCUCGGGGAAGAGGUUUUUCUUCAAUUGCAGAAAGACGAGGGCUUCAUACAAGACACACAACUGGAAAUGCCUAAAAACCGAUACCAACGAGCUGUCUGGGAGCUUUUUGAAUGCCCGGAUAGCUCUUUGGCAGCCCGGUUACUUGCAGUUUGGUCUGUGAUUGUUAUAGUGGUUUCUAUCACAAUAUUCUGUAUCGAGACAUUGCCGGGCAUAAAGAAACAGCAGGGAGGUGACAAAGGCGAACAACAGCCUUGGGUUACGUUUGAGAUUGUUUGCAUUUCAUGGUUCACCAUCGAAUACGUUGGAAGACUUUUAGCGUCACCAAGUAAACUGCGCUUUGCACGCUCAUUCUUAAACAUAAUCGAUCUCGCCGCCAUCUUGCCUUAUUUCAUUACCCUGCCAAUGGACAGCGCCAAGGCUGCCCCGUUGUCUGUUCUACGAGUCAUACGGUUGGUCCGUGUUUUCCGCAUUUUCAAACUUUCUCGCCAUUCAACCGGUCUGCGAAUUCUAGGCUACACGUUGCGAGAAAGUUCCCGAGAGCUUGGUAUGCUUAUGUUCUUUCUCGUCCUUGGAAUCAUAUUAUUCUCAAGCGGGAUUUACUACGCAGAAUUCGCAGAUAACGAGGAAAAUUUCCCAAGCAUUCCAGAUACAUUCUGGUAUUCUCUCGUUACUAUGACAACAGUUGGGUAUGGUGACAAAGUGCCUAAAACACCAACCGGAAAACUUAUCGGUUCGUUGUGUGCCAUUGUUGGUGUACUGACCAUUGCCUUGCCUGUUCCAGUAAUUGUCUCUAAUUUCGAGUUCUUCUACAAAAGGGACAGAUUUACAUACCAGGAGCUGUGCUUGUCGUUAGAUGAAGAGGAAAAAGUAAACAAUACUAAUUACAAGAGGUACGAAUACCUAAAAGAAACAAACGUUUAAAUAAAAUAAUGGUAGUUCUGAUUAGCGCAAAUUCUCUGGGAUAACAAUUGAACGUGUGGCGAGUUUCCAGAAACAUGCAAUCACAACAAUUGGCUGAUAAACCAAGCCCCUUGGCCAGCGGUAUGAUAACCCUCUAACCAAGCCGAGAACACUGCUGGAGGUGUCAGUUGAAAAGUGGAAGUGAAAUCGAAUGAAACUGCGUUUCUCGUGAGAUGAUCCGGAAAAAUAGAAAUUGUGCCAAAAAUAGAUCUUUAUCUAAAACACUUGUGACAAAUCAAAAUAGUAAAGGUCAAAUGUAUUCAAAGUACUUGGAAAAAAAAUUGAUAUUCUCGAUGGCUUAGGCAGUGUAUUCAUCUCUAAAAUAUUAAAAUGUAUAUCAAAUGACCAAUAAUUAUGAAAAUGAAAUUAAUUUGCUGCUGGAAUCUUGAUAAGCAUAAUUAUAAGUGAUAUUCCGGGUGUAGUAUUAAAAACAUCGUGGCAAAGUGUCAAACGGUAGAUGGGGUUCUUUGAUACCUAAAUUUAAGACAAUUAGCUUAAGCUGCUUAAACAGUAUUCUGCCUCUUCAAUUAUUGCUGUCCAACAAGGAUCUGUGCUGACACCUUUCUCUUUAAAAACACAAGUAACAAAGCUGGUGGCGAACUAUAUCAGGGCUAAUAGUAAAAAGUUGUCACAAGGCACAUUCGUGUUUUAAAGUUGACUGCGUCCCAGACAAAACACCAGGAAAAAAUAUAAUGCAAAAUGCAUGAGUUUUAAAAGCAUGAUCUUAAAAAGGGAUGAAGAUUCAUUCCUAAAAGUUAAUGACCUUUGCAGCGAUUUUAACAGGGUAAAAGUAAUACUUAACAAUCUUGGAAUAUCAUCAAUAUCUAACCAAGCUACAUUUUCUGUCUUGAAUGAAAACAGGAAUACUUGUAAAAAGGUAAUAGUUCUUAAAAAGCAAUACACAAACUCUUGAAUUUAUCUUUAAUGUGUCUGUCAGGAAUGCUUUAGGAGGGUAGACACACGGGAGGCGGAUGAAAAGGGAACUUCUUUUGAGGACGGUACUUGAGUCAAAAGGAGGAGAUUCUGAUAUUUGCAAACCUAACAGAGGUCUGGGUAGAAACAAUCUGCUUACAUCUUUACCUAUCUUUUCUAUAAAAAUUGGCCUUUCUAUGUGCAUUGAUUUGGUUUUGGCUGGACAAGAUUAUAGGGGCAGAAGUUUCUUCGGAAAAUUCGAAAUAAAAAUUGCAGCAGGCAACAUUAUUUAUCAAGGAAAGACCGCCAGUUAAACAAAGGUAUUUCAGGUUUUCUGCAAAUUUGGCUGAUGAAACCCAAUUGUACAAAACUUGCAAACAGAGCAGAGGGGGAAGAGGUUAUGUAAAGACGUCAUAAGAGUCGGUGGACCAACGAUACUUUAAUUAAAAAAUAAUUGCUUUUAAAGCAAAUUCCAUUGCGCUUAGCAAAGUAGCUGUAAUUAAGGAUAUUGCGAUUGAACUAUGUAAAAUCUUCGAAUGAUCAUACAAAAAAACAAAGCCGCAUUCUAGCAAAAACUUUUUUAAAAUUUAAUGAUAAUUUAAUAAUGCAUGACUGCUCUGGGCGAUUUUGGAACUGCAGAAAUCAUUUUGUCAGUUUCUUUUUCUUAAAAACCCAUAAACAUAGGACUGAUUGUCAGUAACACAAGCCUCAAAAAUCAACACCGCGAUAAAAUUCUAUAGAAAUAUCAUUCGUAUAUGAUGCAAUGGCGAGCUACAAAUUAUAACGGGCGCCAUUUCUCGGAUAUAAACACGCAUUUGAAUUGAAAUGUGCUUCCCUUGAUAUUAGCAAAAAGAAGUGCAUUAAAUGAGAAAAAUUUCGGACAAAAUAUUCUCGGACAAAAUAUUUUCGGACAAAACAUUAUCGAACGUUUUCUCGCGAAAUAUCGGAUGAUUUCACAUAGACAUCGAGCAAAACAAAAACACUCUCAUUAUAUAUUGAUUAACAUACUGCACCUUGUCAAGCUUACUAAAGUCUAUAUUUCACUUAAUCUA